CCCAGAGCGAGUGUAAUGUGCGUCGGGACUGGCGCCAAGGGGACCUGGGAGAGCCUGAUGGCGCACGGACGCGGUCUGGCCCAAGGAGCGCCCGGAGGGGUGGUCAGAGAGACAAAGCCAAAACUCUACAACAACCCUUCCCCCCUUUGCUCAAGCCCACCGUUUGUGAAG